AUGAUCACGUUUUGUAGAAAAAGUUUUAUAAAAAAUGUAUUUAAUGGACAAAUAAGAUGUAAAAGUGCUAACAGUGUUUCACUAUCUUAUAAUAAGAUUACCGGUUGUGUCACUACCAGUAAUGACAGUUUACCGCCGGUUCUUAUAUUUCACGGACUGUUUGGCACCAAAAACAACUGGAAGUCCAUCUCUAAAGCGAUUUCCUCUAAAACGGGACGAACUGUAUAUUCAUUAGAUUUGCGGAAUCACGGGUCGAGUCCACACACAUCGGGAACCGAUAGUACACUCAUAGGUAUGGCUAACGAUAUUGAAUUGUUUUUGGACGACAAUCACUACAAGACUGCAACACUUAUUGGUCACAGUUUGGGCGGUCGGACUGUCUUACAGUUUGCCUAUCUUUGGCCAGAAAGAGUUGAAAAGUUGAUUGCAGUAGACAUCAGUCCAUUGCCAACAAUACCGCAACAAUUCUUCACAAAAACCACAUUCAUUGACGAGUUAUCCAAAUCUAUUGAAAACAUAUCCAAUGAUCUAAAUAUGUCUUCUGCCAGAAAACAAGUGGACGAUAGGUUGAAACCGUUGAUAACAGAUGCUUUCAUUCGCGGCUUCUUUUUGAUGAGUUUGCAUAAGAAUGAAGAAUCGGAAAAACUUUUCUGGAAAUUCAAUUUGAAUUCAAUUAAACAUAUGCUUGAAAAUGAAUAUAUCAACAAAAUUGAAAUUAAAAUACCAUUUAAUGGUCCAUCACUUUUAGUUCACGGACAACAAUCAGAUUAUGUCAAGAAAGAUGAUUACAAUGCGAUUCGUGAACUCAUGCCUAACGUCCAGAUCGUAUCGAUACCUGAAACGGGACAUUACCUCCACAUCGAGAAACCCAAUCAUUUCAUUGAUUGUGUCAUUUCUUUUAUGAAAUUAUCUUAA